AUGGUGAAGAAAGCACCGAAAAUAUCUCUAGUUAAAGAUACCAAGCAGCCACCAUUCCUUCAGGCAAUAAAGAAAGACCGGCCCGAUACAGACCCGAAGAGGCAAGCAGAGAAGCCCGAAAAAGAUGCCGCCCAGAGCCAGCUAAGUACGCCAAAAAGUGAACAUCGUCCAACGGAGAAUAAACCAGGUGGGUUCCUUAGUGCAGAGAAGGAAGGUUGUCUGCAAGAAAGUCUUGCUGAAGGAUCUUUUUGA